GAGACUGAGCUCAGAUACCGCCCACGAGAGACAGAUGCUGUUGAUGUUCACACGAAGAAGAAGAAGAAAGUAUUCCCACCAUCACACUGAGCCUUUGGUCGUCAGCUGAUCUCCAACAUCACCUGCCAAUCAUCCACUGAGUUAAAGGCUGAUUUAGACAGAUAAGGAGAAGCUACUUGAUCAGAAACAGCCCUCAAUACCACUCAAAGCAGGAACUUCACUUCUUCACCUCUAUUGCACUAUUCUUUAGCUCUUCCUCUCCUCCACCUCCAGUCUUUGUGUCUCAGGUGUGUGCUAAGGCCUGUGAGCAGUGAUGGGGGAUUGGAGUCUCCUGGGGAAUUUCCUAGAGGAGGUCCAGGAACACUCCACCUCAGUCGGGAAGGUCUGGCUCACCGUCCUCUUCAUCUUCCGCAUCCUGGUCCUUGGCACGGCGGCCGAGUCCUCCUGGGGCGACGAGCAGAGCGACUUCCUGUGUGACACCCAGCAGCCCGGUUGCACCAACGUGUGUUAUGACAGCGCCUUUCCCAUUGCCCACAUACGCUACUGGGUGCUGCAGAUUGUUUUCGUCUCCACGCCAUCCCUCAUCUACAUGGGCCAUGCCAUGCACAUUGUCCGCAGAGAGGAGAAGCUGCGGAGGAAGGAACAGGAGGAGAGAGGGGAUAGUGAAGAAGACCUGGAGGAGGAGAAGGAGUACCUGCAGCGGAAAGAGACCGGAAAAAUGUCUUCUGAGGGGACUGUCCCUUUCCGCCUGAAAGGAGCGCUGCUGCAGACUUACAUCCUGAGCAUCUUGAUCCGCACAGUGAUGGAGGUGACAUUUAUCGUGGUGCAGUACAGGAUAUACGGGGUGUUCCUCAGGGCCCUGUACCUGUGCGAGACCUGGCCCUGCCCCAACCCCGUCAACUGCUACAUGUCCCGUCCCACAGAAAAGAACGUCUUUAUCAUCUUCAUGCUAGUGGUGGCCGGUGUGUCUCUGCUGCUGUCUGUGUUGGAGCUCUACCACCUUGCUUGGAAAAGCAGCAGGAGGUGUUUACGCAACAAGAGGCUGAAGAAGAGCAAACACAGAGCUGUGACGGUGUCUGCGUCUCUGGAGCCCAACAGCCCACCUCUGCCCUCGGCCUCCUGCACCCCACCCCCUGACUUCAGCCAGUGUCUGGCAGCCAAUGGCUCCAUGAACCCCUUGACCUCUAUGGCCUCUCAUCCCUUCAACAACAGGAUGGCGCUGCAGCAGAACUCAGUCAACUUGGCCACAGAGCGGCAUCACAGCUGCGACAACAUGGAGGACGAGGGAGACUUUCUGAGGAUGAGAUACGACCACGUGCCCACAGAGCUGCCAAACAGCUGCGCACCAUCACCUCUGCUGAACUCCGGCUGCAUGAAGGACAAACGCCGCCUGAGCAAGACCAGCGGGAGCAGCAGCCGGGCUCGACAGGACGAUCUGUCCGUUUAGCCGGGGAGAGGAGGGGGAUUUGACUUUCAGAACCAAAGAGAAGGGACUAGAAGAUCAGUUUAGGAGGAUACAAGUGUCAUUGCUGAGUGAAGGGGUCAGAAUGUGAACACAAGCUAAUUAUGCAAACUGGCAUUGAAGCCUGCAACUUGACUACAGAGGAUGGACUAAAUGUUCACUUUAGACCCUGAGAUAUAUGUGUGUGGACUAUGUGACCUUUACAUGUGUAAGCUCUGAGAGCAGAUAGUAUUUGUGAACCAAUCUUUCCCAGUGUUAGAACAACUGAAAACCAAACUGCAAAAUAAUUUUUAAAAGAGAACAGGGUUAACAGGUGUGAUACCAGUCUAUUGCACAUUUUAGUUAAAAUCCAAAAACAUAAGGAGAGGAAAAUACGUAAGUGUGAAUGACAAUGAUGCCUGGACGUGAGAUGACGUAGGGAAACCAUUUAAUUGGAAUGAGAAAUAUGAUACAAAUCUUAACUAUUUAAUUAAUUACAACAUUGUUUUUCUCUCCAACUGCAAAAAAUUGAGACGCAUAGAGAAAACAGGGAGUUAAUAUGCAAUAAACUGUGAAGCUUGCUAAAUUGGAUGGUUUUCAUCCAGGGCAUAUGCAGUGCCUUAAGAAGUUUGAAAACAUUUUUAUUUUUGUCAUACACCAAGUUUUUAUGUAUAUUUUCUUUUUCCAAAAGCCAAAUCAGAUUAAGCCAUAUUUUGACUUGCUAACCUGAUUGCACUACACCCGGGUCAGGUAAAGUCAACUGUAAACUAAGAAUAAUCACCAAACAUUAUAAAUGACAUUUUAAUUCAAACUGUGUUCAUUGUGUGCGUUGUGACAGGAUCAUCUGUGUGCAGAAUGUAGCCUGAUUUCUUUGGAGAGAGAUCCAGGGGAGAAAGAGCUCUUGUCUGAAUGUUGUUAUGAGGAGAUCUGGCCACUGGGUGGAAACAUUGCUCGUUUUUCUGUUUCUGUCCUGGAGCCAUUGUGUAAAUAGUGAAUUUGUUCCGAUGCAAAAUGUAUGUUUUAGUUGAUAUCUUCAAAUGUAUUCGAUUACAUUUGCUGUGUCUCUUUUUUAUUUUAUGUAUCAUCAUUGUUUAGGUUGUUUGUCACAGCAAUUUGUAAAUGAACAUCCACUGCAACCGGGGGUUUAACACAUCUCCUACAACAACCAACCACAGACAUUGUUUUGGUUUUUCCACAGAGAUUUUUAUGCAAUAAACGUCAUCAUUACCCGUUAUAAAUCAAUAAACCAUCAACUGUACAAUCUA